AUGUCACCACCGCAACCAAUCAUGCAGAAACCAAUUGUAUUUGAAAAGGAUGAAGUUCCCAGGAGUAGAUCAACCAAGAAGAUCUGUAUCAUUGCCUCUACUGUUAUCUUGGUAGUUGUUAUUGCAGCAGCUACUACAUUUGGUGCUAUAGCUUACAACAAUCACUUAUUCUACAAAGAGAAAUACGACACCAAAGCCAAUGUUGAUGGUAUCGAGCUUCCUGAACAUAUUCGUGUUGACUAUAAAAAUGAAAUUAUCUAUGUAACCAAUGAAAAGAAUGGACCAGUUGAUGCUCUGAAUGCCCUCCACAAUUAUGAAAGAAAAUUGUUAGCUUUUCACGAUUUGACUGCCAAUAAAUGUUUCAUCGAUGUUUUGGACGACACAUUUGAUGAAGGGUUGAAGAGAUGGGCCUCCCAUGCU